AUGUCGGACCGACGGGUAUCGUACUUCUACAACGCGGACGUGGGCAACUUCCACUACGGAGCUGGGCAUCCGAUGAAGCCGCAGCGCCUGGCGGUCACCCACAGCCUGGUGAUGAACUACGGGCUGCACAAGAAGAUGAAGAUCUACAGGCCGUACAAGGCGAGUGCCCAGGACAUGCUGCGCUUCCACAGCGACGAGUACAUUGCCUAUCUGCAGCAGGUCACUCCGCAGAACAUCCAGUGCAAUUCCGUGGCAUACACCAAGUACCUGGCGCACUUCAGCGUGGGCGAGGACUGCCCCGUGUUCGACGGCCUCUUCGACUUCUGCGCCAUGUACACGGGUGCCUCGCUGGAGGGAGCCCAGAAGCUGAACCACAACCACAGCGACAUCUGCAUCAACUGGUCGGGCGGACUGCAUCAUGCCAAGAAGUUCGAGGCGAGUGGCUUCUGCUACGUGAACGACAUUGUGAUCGGCAUCCUGGAACUGCUGAAGUACCAUCCGCGGGUGCUGUACAUCGACAUCGAUGUGCACCACGGCGAUGGGGUGCAGGAGGCCUUCUACCUCACGGAUCGCGUGAUGACGGCCUCGUUCCACAAGUACGGCAAUUACUUCUUCCCGGGCACGGGAGACAUGUACGAGAUUGGCGCGGAAUCGGGUCGAUAUUACAGCGUGAAUGUGCCGCUCAAGGAGGGCAUUGAUGACCAGAGCUACUUCCAGGUGUUCAAGCCCAUCAUCUCGGCCAUUAUGGACUUCUACCGGCCGACGGCCAUUGUCUUGCAGUGUGGUGCGGAUUCUUUGGCUGGGGAUCGCCUUGGUUGCUUCUCGCUGAGCACAAAGGGACAUGGGGAGUGCGUCAAGUUUGUGAAGGAGCUGAAUGUACCCACUCUGGUGGUAGGAGGCGGUGGCUACACAUUGCGGAACGUGGCCCGCUGCUGGACGCACGAGACCUCGCUGCUGGUGGACCAGGACAUUGAAAACGAUCUCCCCGCCACCGAGUAUUACGACUUCUUCGCCCCCGACUUCACUCUCCAUCCGGAGAUAAACUCACGCCAGGAUAACGCCAACUCAAAGCAGUAUCUGGAGCUAAUCGUAAAGCACGUCUAUGAAAACCUUAAAAUGUGCCAGCACUCGCCCAGCGUCCAAAUGGUGCAGACUCCGCCGGACGUGGACUUGGAGGAGCUGCGCAACAACCGGGACGAGGCGGCCGACCCCGACGUCCGAAUGUCCCUGGCCGAUGAAGACAAGAUGGUCGAUGCCAAGAACGAGUUCUACGACGGCGAUCAGGACCAGGACAAACCCGAUUCGGCGGAGAGUUAGUGUUAAGUAAGGUUUCGUGUUUAGUGUAAGCAGUAAGAACAGAUUAGUUUGUAACUUAAUUUCGGGAUUAUUUUAAAAAUUACAUUAA